AUGUGUGUGUGUGUGUGUGUGUUUUGGGAGGUGGGGGCACCUCUCGAUGUGAAUACCUUCGUAGCUUUUAAUGUUCAGCGCUUCUGACAACAGCUAAAAGAAGAAAUGCUUGUCCCCGCUGGAGGAGCUGUCGCCGGGGCAGUAUGACACGAGGACGGACCGGAGAGUUUCAUCCCAGUUUAUUACAGAAAAAGGACCGGAGGGAGAAGCCUUAUCUAAGAAGAAGUUCCGUCAUCGGCCUCUGAGGAUGAUUGCACAAAGUAAAGCUGAGGAACCUAAUUGUCCUCAGAGGAUCAUGUUGGCUUCCUUGAAUUCUCAAAUUUGACCUGAAAGACCUUCAAUAAUGAUACCUGGAUUGAUUUCCCAAGAGUUACACGAGCAGCUUCUGGACCUGAAGAGUUAUCAAAGUCGGACGAAUGGGGUGGAGGAGCUUAAACGCAUCCUCUCAGAAGUGGAAAUUAAGUCUGUUCCCUGCGAUAGCAUCGAGGAAUUCAUCAAGUUUCUCCCGAGACUGCUGGAUGACAGUAACUUUAAGGUUCUGUACGGAGCUCUACAGGUUUUGAACUUAUUGAUUGAGAAGCUAGAAAGCGGUGUAGAUAGAUAUUUUAAACAUAUAGUUUUAGUAGCCCUCAAAGCCUUAGGAGAUACUCGCACUCUCACCCGGAAUGAAUACCUGAAUGUUUUCCAGCAGCUGAUGAAAACGGUUGAACCUCAGCAAGUAUUGGGUCUUGUUAUUGGCAACUUGAAGCACAAGAACUCCAGAGUUCGGGAAGAUGUUCUCAACAUCAUCAUGGCAGCUAUUCUCACUCAUCCCAGGAAGGAUUUCAACAUUCCCAAGCUUUGCUUCGAGGUUGCGCCACACUUGGCAGACAGCAAAAGGAGGGUCCGCCUUGCUGCCCUGGAACUGUUUGCCGUUUUCGACUCCUGCCUGGACAAGGGGAAAAGGCAGGUUCUAAUGAAAGCCGUCGACAUGGUUGAGCAAAACGAGGACGCGGAGGGUCUCGCGGCCGCCGUGCAGGCAAGAAGAAUGAGGCACACCCUUCCCAAACUGACUCUAGAGGGGACGCUGGAGUAUGGCCUGGCGAUGCCGAAAGCUGGACAGUGGUGCUCAGAGCUGCAUGGACCGGGUGCUGAUCUGGACUGGGUGAUGAACGGAGGGCGGACUAGCAGUACCAGGAGCUACAGAACCGACCAUGACUCCGACAGACUUUUCGGCUAUGGCAGCUUGGGGUCCCUCACUGACGACCUGCCGUUUCAGAGGCGGAUUGUCAGUGCGAGUAAAGGGAAAAACAAACUUCCCUGGGAGAUGUCCAGCUUCUCUUCAACAGAGAACGAGCAUCAGGAAAGCAGCUCUCCUGACGGGAAGAGAUCUGAUCAGGUGCCGCGUGAGGAUUUUACGCCUGUGUCUAGGAAGUCAGAGACCUACAUACCCAGCUUCAGUUCUGCUGACCCAAAGAAGCGUCAGUCUUCCAGGAGGGGGGAGUUUCCCUCACAACUUAGAAGAAGUGGAAGCCUCAUCUUGGAUACAGAUAUUUUUAAAACCACAAACAUCUCUGACGCAAAUGUUGUUGCACCCAAAGGACGGGUUCUCUCCAGGAAUCCCAGUGUCGAGCGAACCUUCUCCCUCCCUUCAAACCCCUCCACACCCGGUUCCUUCCUUCUACCCUCCUACCCGCUGGCUACACACCCAGUGGGCGCGCUAACUCCAACUCUGCCCCGCCGUCACGCAGACUCCUCCCUCUCCAUGUCCAACACCUGGCCCAACAAGAAAGAGAACGUUCCUCACCAACGGGACACAAGUCCCUGGAGAGAAACGGCAAACAAAGUGAAGGGGGAACUCCUCGGUGGACGUUCUCCUAGACCGCUCCGUGCCUCCCUCGUAAGCUCCUCUUCGACUUCUUCAUUUCGGCAAGCUCUAAGCAGCCCUCGAGCGACUUUCUUUAUUUCACCGGUGGUCCCCAAAGUGGAUCAUUCCCUCUCUCUUAAUGGAGAAAGAGCCUAUAACUCUGGCAGCUUCAUGAACCACCAACCUGAAAAGAACGCUCUUCUACACUCUGAGCACAUCACUACAUGGCAGGACGAUGCUGUAGACAUGGAUGAGACGGGGAACUCGCUACGCUCACAACGAAACAGCACCAAGAGGAGGGCCAAAGCUGGCCAAAGCAGUCCCGAUCCCGACAGUCCUGACUCAGCUGUGAAAGCGGACGCGGGUUUGAACUCUUCUUUCCACUCCACCAAAGCCCUUACAAGCUCAGCUAGUGAGAGUGGCCUUUCCAGUAUGAUCUCAGCCACCAACUCCAGCUUCAACGGCAUCAGAAGCAGUGAAAAAUCCAUAAUGAAACCUCGUGUUGGAAGGGUGCCUUCUGCAAAACUGAGGUCUUCCAUGUCUAUGGACUUCAGCACGCUUCAAGUAUCAUUUCAGAGAAAUGAACUGUCAUCUGGGCAGAGAGUAACUUAUUCUAACGGAGCCAUCAACACAGAGGAAGAUUCUUUAUCAGGAUCCAAAAUCCACCACAGUGGCAGGAACUCACCAGGCACAGAUAUUCCAGAGGGAGUUAUAGGAAGAGGCAUGUUUGAGACUGCGGUGUUCAACAGUCCAGGAGUUUCUUUUCCACCUGAACAGGGUAGUUUAGCAGCCAAACCUGCCAGCAGGCCUCCAGCGCCGAUCUACAGCGGUCACAAUGACAGCAUGGGCAGCCCGCGUCCUGACGAGGCUAAAGAAAAGGUGAAAACCGUGAGACUGGGUCGACAUAAAACAAAGUUACAGCGUCUGGAUCAGCUGGAGGUUCAAUCAAGUCAAAAGGACCAAAACAGAGAAAGAAUCCGCCACCGCGUAAGACAGAUGCUGUCAGACUCACCCACAAACCAGAGCAAAGAAUUAAUUAUCAAAGGCCUUCACCCCAAUGAGAGCGCUCCGACAUCCACCAAAGCAGAGUCUCACUCCGAUGACUCGGCCAUGAGUCCCUCCAGCCCCUCCAGCCCCCCAGGACUCCAGAGUCCAGUGAAGUGCUUAACCCCCCCCCACCAGCCGAGCCCCCCGGUAGAGCCGCCACACCCUAAAAAUGGGUCUCGUCUAAGAAGGGUUUCCAGUCUCAACAGAACGCGGCUCUCCCAGUCUCACAGUUCAGAUGAGCUGACCCAUACCACGAGUCACAAGAAAAGCCCCUCAGAACCUGCAGACAUGGGUCCAUUCUCAAAGCCAGAGCUGGUUCUGACACAGAGUUUCAACCUGCUGAGCUCUGAAGACUGGGAGAAAAAGAUUGAGGGUCUGAUGCUCCUGCGCUCCCUAGCCCUCUAUCACCCUGACACACUACACAGCAAUCUUCAUGAAAUUUGUCUGUGUGUCAUUCAGGAGGUCAAAAACCUGCGAUCAGGAGUGUCCAGAGUGGCUGUGUGCACCCUGGGAGAGCUGUACAAACACCUGCAGAGGGCAAUGGACCUGGAGCUGGAAGGCACGGUUAAAGCUUUACUGCAGAAGGCGGGUGAGAGUAACGCCUUCAUAAGGCAAGACGUGGACGCAGCGCUGGACUGCAUGGUGCAGCACUGCACCCCAACUCGAAGCAUCAGCGCGUUACUCUCUGGAGGUCUCAGUCACCUCAGCCCCGUAGUGAGGAAAUGCGCUGCGCAACACCUGUCAAAUCUGGUGAAGAAGGUUGGUGCGGCGCGGCUGCUUUCUGGAGGAAAAAACCUGACCGAGAGGAUUUUACCAGCUGUCACCAAACUUUCACAAGAUUCUUCCCAGGAUGCAAGGUACUUUGGACGUCAGAUCCUCCUGUUCCUGUCUUCCCACCCAGACUUUGACAAGAUCCUGGAGAAAUACAUCCCCAGCAAAGACCUCCAGACUGUCAGAGACACCGUCUUCACUCUCCAGACAAGGGGUCUUGGCGAGACGCCCCAAGACACUCAGUCAGCGCGAGGGAGGCGCUCCCUCCCAGGCAGCGGCACAGCCCGGGCCUCCUCUCUCAACAGAGAGCCGCUCCACCAAACCAACAGAGAGUCUCGUAGCCAUCCCAGCUGCAGAUCUCAGGCAAAAAGCAUUGCAGACAAAACCGAAUACAUCGAACAGAUCUCAGGUCUGCUGGCAUCAAAGGACUUCAAAGAGAGGAUUAAAGGCAUCGACCAGCUAGUGGCCGACUGUCAAGACAACCCCAACAUGGUCAUCAACAGUAUGUUCCCGGUGUUUGAUGCCUUAAAAGCCCGACUGCAGGAAUCCAACAGCAAGGUCAACCUUUACGCCUUGGAGUCUUUGCAGAAAAUAAUCCACUUACUGAAGGACAACUUGUCUCAAGUAGUCAACAUCCUGGUCCCAGCAAUAGUGGACAAUCAUCUGAAUUCUAAAAACAACGCCAUCUAUUCUGCUGCUAUCGGAGCCGUUAAUGCGCUCAUCUCCAAUCUAGACAACAUGCUCCUCCUCCAGCCUUUCUGCACCAAGGCUCAGUUCUUAAGCGGUAAGGCAAAGGUGGACCUCAUCGAAAAGGUCGCAGAUCUUGUGAUGGAGCUCUACCCCCGAAAGCCCCAGACCGUGGAGCAAAAAGUCUUACCUCUACUGUGGCACCUCCUGAGCACCUCGGCCCACAGCGGCACCACCAACAGCAGGGGAAGCAAUUUAAGAGGUGCUACCGUCAGCCUGUGCCAAGCCAUGUAUGCGCAGAUGGGAGCGAGCCUGAGCGAAUGUGCUGCCUCUCAGCCCGCUACUGUCCACAAAGAUCUGAACGAGAUCCUGAGAACAUUCCUUUAAGCGAGAAUCCAUUCAUCUACAAUGACCUCCCCUGAAGACGAGAGACGUUGGACAUUUCUCUAGUGCCUGCACUUUUCUGUGUAAGUUCAACCCGUAACAGCUUGUUAUGUCCGAGGUUUACCAGAAUGCAGAGGCAUUGUAAAAUAUCAGGUACUCAGCCUGCUCUUUUUGCACUUUGUAGGUCUUUGUCAUAGCUUUUUCUCCAUAAUAUGUACUGUUGACAAAUCAGACUAUUACAGAAUGUAAAUGCACAAGGUGAAAAGAAAAAGAUGUAUAUUUUGUCGUUUCUCUAAAUUAGUUGUCAUAUUUUUGGAAUGUGUCGUGAAGUUUUGCAUCGGUGAAAUGAGAUUAACAUGAACAAAAAUUUGUACGUGGAUUUGCACAGUAUUGGUUUGACCUCUAUAUGCCGUACGAUGGUACUGUUUGAAUUUACCUAUAGUGUGUCGUUAAAGAUGUGCUGAGAUUCUACCAUCUGAUGUUUCAGACGAUCAAACCAUCGUGCGGAUUUAAAACAAACUGUAUUUUUGUAACGUGUUUGGCUUUGAUCAAAGGUCCAUUUGCAAAGUGCUAUCCCUGGAUCAGGGGUACCGGAGCAGAAAACGGGAGGUUUUUUUCCCUCCCGUGUUUGCCUGAGAGAGAGAAGGAUCCGGUCGGUUUCUGUCUCAAAAAUAGUGCCAGUCUUCAAGUAGCCUUGUAACAAAACCUGUUAAAUUAUUUUGAGCUUGUGUGUGGACAAGAUGAAUAUAUAUAUAUGUAUGUGUGAAUAAACAGUUUUAUUUCUUUAAAUAUA